CCUUCACUCAAUCCGAAAAUCUCCAAAUGUUGCUACAUCAGGACCUUUCCUUCUCUAAAACCCUAAACCCUAAUUUCUCACCUUUUCCUCCCCGCCCCAAAACCCUAAGCCUAACCCUUAAACCCCAAUUCCUCUGCACCACACUCUCAUUUCCCAGCCAAACCCCCCAAUUAUGGCGCCAAGAUGCCUCUCUCCGCCGAGACACCCGCUCCUUCGCCGGCCGGAGCAAGAAGGAACCGGGCGCUCCAUCUCCUGGUCGAACCGGAGGUUACCGCAGACCGAAGCGGAAGGCACGCAUUAGAAGGGUAAAUAUAGAGGAAUCCCCUUACUUCCGGCUGAAAAACUCCAACAAAAACCACCCAGAUAACUUGACAGAGGACCAAUUGAACCAAAUUGGUCUCGGGUACGAUUACAUGGCUCGGUUCAUGGACAAAGAUGACCCAAAUUUAAAACACCCGUAUGAUUGGUACCGAUAUGGAGAGUACGGGCCUUAUUCAUGGCGAGGUGUGGUUGUUGGUGAACCAGUGCUAGGAGGGAUUACUGAUGAGUGUGUGACAUUAUAUAGUCAAGUGAAAGAUGAUGCAGAGUGGGACAAAAUUGAGCAACAUGAAAUGGCUGUUGAUUUUGGAGAGAGGUUGAAACAAAUGAAUAAAGAAGCUGGGUUUCGGCAUUUUUGGGUUUUUGUUAGACAUCCGAAAUGGAGGUUAAAUGAAAUGCCAUGGGAGCAGUGGACACUGGUGAGUGAAGUUGUGGUGGAAGCCGGGAAACAGCGGUUGGAUAAGUGGAAUUUGAUGGGGAGGUUAGGGAAUCAAGCAAGGAAGUUGAUAACACGGUGUGCUGCUUGGUUUAGGCCGGAUAUUAUUUAUGUUAAGAGGCCAGUUUUUCAGUGUAGGUUUGAGCCUCAAGAUGAUUUUUUUAGGGGCUUAAUGCCGUUUUUGGAUCCGAAAACAGAAAAGGAUUUUUUGUUUGAGUUGGAGAAUGAGGAUGGGAGCGUGCAGUUGUGUACGUAUUAUGAAGGGUUGUGUAAGAUUGUGAAGGUGAGUCAGAAGGCGUUUGUGGAUGAUGUGGUGAAUGCGUAUGAGAAGAUGAGUGAUGAGAGGAAAUCAGAGUGUUUGGGGUUCUUGAUGAGGAAUCAUCCGGUGCAGUUGUUGCAUCCGUAUACGAAGGAGUGGAAGGCUAAGUUGGAGGAAAUUGAGUUGGGUUGUGAUGCACCAGAUGACGAUGAAGAGUAUGGUAAGAAUGAAACUGAGUACACUGAGUGGAUUGAGGAUGAUGGUGAUGGUGAUGGUGAUGAUCAAGAUGACGUGGUUCUGGACAUGGAAGGAGGUGGAGUUGAUCAGGAUGAUGAUGAUGAAUCAAUAAGUGAAGAAGAAGAUGAUGAUGAAGAAGAAGAAGAAGAAGAAGAGAACGAGCAGUAUUGGGAGAAGAAGUUUAAGAAGGCAUUGAGUAGUUCUGAAGACAUGGAGAAUCUUGUGAAAUGGAGUGUAGAUAGAACUGAUGAGAUAUAUAAGAAGCAGUCUAAGGCCAUGAUGCAAGGGGAAGAAGGGAAGGGGAAGAGUGAAGCGGAUGGAGAUGAAACUGCAUUGAGAGGUGUUCGAGCUAAAGUCAGUCCAAAAGAAUGGAAGAUUGUGGGGAUUGGUAGAUGGGGAAGGAGGAUCAAGAAGGCUAAAAUACCUCCGGGUUUGUUUCUGAGAGCAGCAGUGAGACCUUUUAGAUAUAGGAAUCUAGUCAAGGAGAUUGUUUUGACAAGGCAUGCAAUCUUGGAUGGUGAUAUCGGUGGGAAGGAUUGAAGUUCUGGGUCUACGGAUUGUUGUUUUUUAGAAGUGAUCCUCUUCUGUGAGCAAUUGUGAAAUUUCUUUGCCAAACCCAACUGCACAUUGCCCGAGUCUUUGUUAAGUGCUUUGAGCAUGUAAAACUAAUCGUACAAUUUCGGUCUGAUUUUGUUCAGAGUAGAGAAUAAUGAUAGACUCAGUCUAUUAAAUGGUGUAUGGAUCACCGCAUGAUGUGUGUUGUGAUUACUGUGAACUUGCACUGCAAAAUAAAGUCUGAGAGCAUUGUAUUUCUAGUCUAUUAAAUGGUGUAUGGAUCACCUCAUGAUGUGUGUUGUGAUUACUGUGAACUUGCACUGCAAAAUAAAGUCUGAGAGCAUUGUAUUUCUA